UGGAAAUGGAUGAGUCAAGAACAGACCAGUUAAAAACUCGUUUCGAUGCAACCGAAAUGGAUGAGCCGUCUCCUGACAAUGCAAGUACUUGUGUAGCAGACAUUCCAACUGAAGUAGUCAUUGAGAAGGACGAUCAACCAGGGGGUCUACUUUACAACGUAUCCGACCGACCACCUAUCCUUGUAUCCAUCUUUCUGGCAUUUCAGCAAGCCCUGCUGUCUGUGUCCGCGUCCCUAGUCGUCUCCUCACUUGUUGCCGACGUUGCUUGUGCAUCCGACUUUCCGGACCUCAGGACGAACCUGCUGAGCUCGACUCUACUGAUGUCCGGGAUCACGACCGCUAUGAUGGUGACGCUCGGUAUCAGGUUGCCAUUAUUUCAAGGACCAUCUGCUGAUUAUGUUGUUCCUCUGAUGACGAUACAGCUCAUAGACAAAGAUUUCUGUAAAGUGAUUGAUACAUCUUCCGGGACGGACAUGAGUUUCCUGACGAGCGACGUUAAUGUCAACAUUACAGUCAGCGAUGAGCUUACAUUGAAGCUGCAGCUGGCAUUGACAAAACUACAAGAGUUCCAGGGCUGUCUUAUCCUGGCUGGUGUGAUUCACUUCCUUGUCGGCGCGACGGGUACGGUGGGGUUCUUGCUCCGGUUCAUUGGACCAGUCACUAUCGUACCAACCAUAUUACUCGGAGGGAUUUUUCUUUCGCGUGUAACAAGUAAAUUUGCCAUGUGCCACUGGGGAAUAGCGGGCAUCACCGCCAUCACUGCUAUCUUCAUGUCAUUGUAUAUCGGUCACAAGAAAAUGCCGCUUCCAGCUUGGUCCAAAAAGAGAGGCCUAUACAUCUACUGGUACCCUCUUCAGCAGGUGUUCUCGGUCCUGAUGGGGAUGUUGGUGGGUUGGUCAGUGUCGGCCGUGAUGACGUACACAGGGGCACUAACAGACGACCCAAGUCAGUCCGAGUUUUUCGCCAGAACAGACGCCCGGGCUGGAAUCGUUACCAACGCCUCUUGGUUCCGUAUGCCUUACCCAAAUCAAUUUGGCCAGCCAUCGUUUAACAUCGGAGUAUUCAUCGCAUUCCUCAUCGGCACCAUUUUAUCAAUUCUAGACUCGGUAGGGGAUUAUUAUGCAUGCGCACGGAUAUGUAAUGUGCCUCCUCCUCCACGACACGGAGUGAACCGUGGAAUUGCCGUAGAGGGCUUCUGUAGUGCUCUGUCAGGGGUCAUUGGGUGCGGACACGCCACUAGCACAUUUGGCGGCAACAUCGGGGCAAUUGGAAUCACAAAGGUAGCCAGUAGGGACGUGUUCCUGUUGGUGUCGCUAAUAUAUAUCGUGUUUGGAAUUUUGGGGAAGGUAUCAGCAGUCUUCAUCACUAUCCCCUAUCCCGUCCUAGGUGGCGCGAUGAUCGUCAUGUUUGGUACGUUCAAUGGCGUCGUCCUGUCUAAUCUGGCCGCUGUCUCGCUGUCAUCGACUCGUAACCUUGCUAUUAUCGGCAUUGCAAUCCUGACGGGUCUCAUGCUUCCGAAUUGGAUCGAAACUAAUCCAGAUGACAUCAACACAGGUAAUGGCUACUACAACAAUAUAGCGAAGACGUUGCUUGGUAACCCCGGCCUUUGUGGUGGUGUUGUGGCCUGUUUCUUGGACAAUACAGUGCGUGGAACGGAUAAGGAACGAGGGAUAACUGCCUGGCACAAUCCAGAAAUGUGUGACAAAAACCACGUGUACAGCGAGGGUAUGGAAGUGUACACACCCCUACUGCCCGCCUCCUGGAGGACGUGGAGGUUGAUGAAGUACAUACCCAUAUGUCUUUACCAACCACUGAAAACUUAUGACGCGUCUGAUAACCUACUGUAAACAUACCAAGGUGUCUGCACAAACCACUGAUAACCUGUUGUAAACAUACACACGUGUCUGUACAAACCACUGAUAACCUGCUGUAAACAUACCAACGUGUCUGCACAAAACACUGAUAACCUGUUGUAAACAUACACACGUGUCUGUACAAACCACUGAUAACCUGCUGUAAACAUACCAACGUGUCUGUACAAACCACUGAUAACCUGCUGUAAGUGAAAAAUGUACGUGUUCACGAUCAGUGACUCAUUCAAAGGAUCGGAGUAAAAUACUGAGGUGCAAACAAGACCAGAAUGCGAACUCGAAAUCGAUUAAACUUUGGCAAAAUGUAAACAAAGAAAAUAUUUACAUUGAGACAUUUGAAAAAUAUAUUUUUUAAAAAGUGUUCUUAAAAGGGUCUUCUUCAUCGAUGACAACAUCAAUGCUAGCUAUUGAGCAAAAUCAAAACAUCAGUUUUCAUUUCACACAAAAAAAAAUAACAUCUGCCACUAUGAGAUCAUGCAACGUGUCAAAAGUGUUCAUCGAAUACCCAACUGCGAUAUAUAAACACGGAGUAUGUUCCUAUCAAAAACGAAAAGUUAACCUUCAUGAUUGAGUAACGUUUGACUAUAAUAGGUAAGUUGAUGUCCUGAUCAGUGAUUCAUACUAGUGAUUACACUAAUAUUUAUAAUGUAAUUUGUUGGGGUUUUUUUUGAAAUCCAGACGCCUUUUUGCCUCCGUGUUUGUUCUGCAUGCUUGCUUAUAUGUGUGCUGGAGAUAAGGGUUUGUUGGUUGUAAGUACCUCCCGGGUGACUAAUAACAAGAAAUAGGAAAACAAGAACAUUGCGUCUUGUUGUACUAUAAUGACAUUCAUCUUUAUCCAUAACGGAAAUUGACUUUCAAUUGACAUGUUAUGAUUAGAGCAACAAAGUUCCGAACAUCAGAUCCUGAGUACUUGUUUGCAAAUAUGCAAUUUACCAUUUUAUUAACAGAAAGACUUCUGUGAUAUUCGACCUAAGGAGUGGUUACUGGCAACAAAAUCUAGUCUUGAAACUUUUCCAUUUUUUCCAUAUAGCUGCAUUUAGGUGUCCUCUCUAACAUAAUAGUAUGGUCACUUCCUUGACAUAAAAGGGAGGUAGCUUAAGUUUUUUUAUUUAUUUUUUCCAGUAAAUUUACUUUAUUGAUAUAAAAGGGAGGUAACUUAAUUUUUUAUUUUAAUACAUUUUUCAGUAAAUAUUUCGCAAGUAAUAGACAGAAGACAUAUUUAACCAAAAAAAUGAUGAUUAAGUUUUGAUUUUGGUAAGGUCAUCAACACAUGGAAAAACUGACAAUAAAUGGGCAAAUUUUGCAUUUUCUAACUGUAAACUGGCUAUUCCUUUGUAUACAUGUUGAACAUCUGUCAUUAAAUAUUG